AUGCCCUCUGCGUGUACUCAGCCGGUUGGCUGCCAUGAAGUCAGAUGCAUCCCGCUGUCAUACAAUCAUGCUGACUCGCAGGCUUCGGCGUUGAGGCUCGUCUUGACCGUCAACCCGCACUGGAAGGAUGCUCAAGGUAAGAUUGAGUUCGUGCGCUUCACCGACGGAAUCACCAAUACGCUGUUGAAAAUCACCCUCAGGGCUCCCGGUCUUUCUGAAGAAGAAAUUGAUAAAGAGGCUGUGUUGAUGAGAGCAUAUGGAAAUAAUUCUGAAAUCAUCAUAGACAGAGAACGGGAGACCAGAUCCCAUGCCCUUCUCGCCUCUCGAGGCCUUGCUCCACCGCUCCUGGCCCGGUUCACCAACGGACUCUUAUAUCGGUUUGUCCGGGGACAAGUGGCAUCUCCUGACGAUCUCACCAAGCCUGCCAUCUGGCGCGGAGUUGCUCGUAGACUCGGCCAAUGGCACGCGGCUCUGCCCAUCAGCGAUGCACCCUCCGAUGCACCCUCGCCGGGGACCCGGGACGGUGACUCCCUCUCUCUCGGCUCUAAUGACUCCGAGAUCAAACCCGUUCAGGAGUCCACCGCCGUUGAGGAUGACAUCAUACCUAUCAACACUCGCUUCGACGGGCCGAACCUCUGGGCAACGCUGCAGAACUGGAUCCUCGAACUGCCAAAGAGCACGGACCAGGAACGGACCCGAAGAAGAAACCUUCAGAAGGAAUAUGAAAGAAUAGUUGCCGAGUUCGAUGAUGGAUCCGGCCUCGGAGACGAAGGACUGGUCUUUGCCCACUGCGACCUUUUAAGUGCAAAUGUCAUCAUCCAGCCCCGACCAAAGGAGUCUACUCUUGCAGACGGCGCUGCGGAAACAGUCGAUUUCAUUGACUAUGAGUACGCCAUCCCCUCGCCAGCAGCUUUUGACCUAGCAAACCAUUUUGCCGAAUGGGCCGGCUACGACUGCGACUACUCGAGGCUACCAACUCGAUCUGUCCGCCGAAGCUUUCUCGAGGAAUACGUCGAUAGUUUCGCCCAGCACAGCGAGCUCUCCGAGUCCAGGCAGAAGGCCGUCGACAGCCUCUUUGCUGACGUUGAUCGCUACCGUGGCCUCCCUGGCUUUUACUGGGGCGUCUGGGCUUUGAUCCAAGCAACCAUCUCCAGAAUUGACUUCGACUAUGCUUCUUACGCCGAGGAGCGUCUCGGGGAGUACUGGGCCUGGAGACACGAGCAAGACGGCACCCGCUCAAAGGCCGGCGAGAAGAUGCCGCUUCGUGAACAGCGCUGGGCCCAAGAGGCGUAA